AUUGAAGCAUUCUUUGAUUUAGCGUCCCAUGGAAAAAUUUGGAGUUUUAAUCUUCUUGAACUCUCCAUAUAAAUUAUAAUCUUUGUCUUGUCAAUCUUUUCAAUCAUGUUCUAAAAGUUCUUAAUCCAAGUUGUCCUGAUAUCAAAAUGUGCUUCCAAAUCCAUCAAGAAACGUUAUUAGUACAAGUAAUACUCUUGUAGAAAAAUACUACAAAGCAUUUUAAAUUGGGGAUAUUAACUAUGUAGCACAAUAAAGUUUCGUGUUUGUCUCGGAUUGAUCAUUCAUGGUUUUUUUUGCACAACAUGUCAUGAAAGUUAUACCUAUUAAAAAAGCCCUAUUGUUAAAAACUAAGUUGAAAUCAAAUUAACCCCUUAGUUGACAUGGUGUUGUGACAACAAAUAGGCAAUGUCCUUUACACAUAGAUAUUAUAAGUAAUUUUAUUUUUACAUAUUUCAGCUUCAAUUGCAAUCUUACACCUUGUUUGACAUUGGAAAUGUGCACCUUUUACAGACUUGUAUCACAAUUACAAACGUAACUGAGUAUUUCACGAUGUUUUGGCCUUUGAUUGUUUGAUUGCUCUUAAUGUUUGGAUUUCUGCUUUGAAUUGGUGGUUUCUGCUCAUUAAUCGUUUGAUUGCGACGUUGAUUCCGUAUGACAUUGAUCCAUUAUAGACGAUUCCGGUACCACCUUUUCCGAUUAUGUUUUCGUCUCUUAAACACAUGACGACGUCUUCUGCUUUGAACUCUAACCUUUGGAAAGCUGUUAGUUUCCAUGGUUUUGACUUUUGGAUCUUGUUCUUCCGUUUGAUCAGAAUUGCGACUAUUAAGAAUUGCAUUUAGUAUGAAAUUUCAAAUGGCUAAUCCCCUAAAAUAUGGCUUUGAAAACUUCGAUGAAGAAAAUGAGAGGAGAGACUUUGUUUUAACUCAUAAUCAACAUACAAUUCGCUUAACAAAAUUCAAAGAACUAACGUAUGACUAGUGUGUCUUAACUUUUCUAGCAUCUCUCGCGAGUUUCAUUUUAACGCGAUUCAAAGAAGAAUACUGGAAACGGUGAUAGUAAUAUAUGUGAGGAUUGAGGAAGUUGAUAGUAAUCUAUGUGGGUCAGUAAAUAAGUAAUAUAUGUGGAUGCCUCAUAAGAAACAUAUUUCGUUAACUUAAUCCAUUUUUGCCAUGCAGGAUGCCAAGUUAGUAGAGCUAACUUGAAAGUCUGUUAGUUUUAACGCCAAACUUUUAUUUAACAGGUAAAAUUCAACUUUUAUAAUCUACUGUGCAAAAUAAUAAUAAUAAUAAUAAUAAUAAUAAUAAAACUCUUCAAUGACAUAUCCGGAACAAACACAAAACUUAAUUGUGCCAUGGUGUCAUUUUCCCUCUUAAAUUGUGAAACACUUAGGGUCGUUUGAUUUGCACUUACCCAGUCUGGUCAGAGCUGACUGCUGACCUGGUCAGUAGUCAGACUGUUUGAUGGGCCUCUAUUGUGGCUGACUCGGUAAACAAUCAAUGACUAAGGGGCUGACUCGGUCCAAAAAAAAGAGGCUGACCGAUACAACAAACAAUUUCUUCUCCUGCGCCCUAACAAAAAUCGCCGAUCGUUCUUCCCUUCCUUCAAUAUUCAGUGCGACAACAAGCAACAAGAUUUCUCCUCCAACUUUCGGCCACUUCACCUCCUGCGCCGACGACGACACAGCUCCGCCGACGACGACACAGCCUCGGUGAGGAACUCGACUGCAGACAUGACAGAUAAAAGAAUUAGGGUUAGUUGGAAGUCGGAAUUGGUGGACAAAACUUUUUUGGAAGCAUGUAUACAAGAAUUAACAAGCAAUGGUCGGGAGGGUAGUGGACUAAAAGCAAGCUCAUGGGUUGUGGUCGCGGAGAAAUUGAAAACAUAUCAUAAUUUUAUUGUCGACAAAAAACAAAUGAAAAACCGAUACGACUAUUUAAAAGCAAAGUAUACAGUGUGGUUAAAACUUAAAAACAAAACAGGAAAUAUAUAUAAUCCCGUAACGAAUUCUUUUAACAUGAUUAAUGAAGAAUGGGAAGCGGAAGUGAAGGUACAUUUAUACAUAUUUUUUAAAGUAGAUUAUACUUUAAUAAUAUUUAUUAAAUUUGUCAAACAGUUGAACAAGUAUGUAGAUAAGCUGAGAAAUGCACCCCUCCCUUGCCCUGAACUUUGUACCCAACUAUUUGAUGGGGCAACCUCGACCGGUGUUCACAAUUGGGGGCCAUCUUCGACAUUACCUCAUCCCAAUGAAACCUUCAGUACACAUGAUUUUGAGGAUAUAGAGAUGGAUGAGCCAGCACCUCAUGCAGAUACCCCAAGCUCAACAGUACCUCAACCUACUAGUGAAGAAUCAUCUGGGCGGACAAAAAACAAGGGGGGCAAACGAAAUGGUCCUAAAGAAACCACACUUGAUGAUGAGUUGAAAGAAGUUGGAAAAGAGAUUAUCAAGGCUGCACAAGCAUUCACCGAAGCAAAUAAUCUUGACAAGGAGAUGGAUGCUUGUAUGGCGCAGUUGACAAGCUUGGAGUGGGGAGAAUAUGAUCUGAAAUACACCACUGCUUUUAUGUUAUUUGCUGAAAGUGCUGGUAAUAGGAAAAUUUGGUUGCGCCUUAACUUGUCAACUUGUGAGUCGUGGGUAACAAAUGCGGGAAGAAAGUUUGGAUUAGUUGGUUGACUUUAGUACUUACAUGUUACGUUUGACUUUAGUAUGUUAUGGUUCAUUGUUUGACUUUAGUAUGUUAUGGUUCAUUGUUAGACAUUAGUAUUCUAUGGUUUAGUUAUGUUAUGGAUUGUUUUUCUUAGGUGCGGUUAUGUUAUAUGAAUUUAUA